AUGUUAGCCGUUACGUUCACGGCGGCAGCUGUGCUCAGUCUGCUGGCCGCGUCCGGACGGACGCUUAACCUGGAUGUGGACGACUUGCAGUCGAUCCGCGAGGCCACGUCGCUGUUGGCCACCGGGUUGAUGGACUACUACCACGGGCACGACUACGGGGAGACCGUUGGCAAGUUCUCGGACCCCUACUACUGGUGGGAGGCUGGUGGGGCGUGGGGCUCCAUCCUGGACUACUGGUACUAUAUGGAGAACUCGACGUACAACGACUUGCUGACGGACUCGUUGUUGCACCAGGCGGGCGAGGACCUCUCGUACACGCCCUGGAACGAGACGACGACAGAGGGCAACGACGACCAGUUUUUCUGGGGGAUGGCGGUGAUGGCUGCCGCGGAGCGCAACUUCCCGAACCCGCCCGCGGACCAGCCGCAAUGGCUGGCGCUGGCGCAGGCGGUGUUUAAUACCAUGGCCCUGCGCUGGGAUAUGGAGACGUGCAACGGCGGGCUCAGAUGGCAGAUUUUCCGCUGGAACGACGGGUACCACUACAAAAACUCCGUUUCCAACGGUGCGCUGUUCCACAUGGCGGCACGAUUAACGCGUUACACCGGGAAUGCCACAUACUUAGAGUGGGCGGAACGGGUUUACGACUGGAUGUAUGGCGUUGGGCUGAUCUCGAUUGUGCAGCCAAACUGGCACGUCGUCUACGACGGUACAGACAUCAACGACAACUGUACCAACUUAAAUAAGCUGCAGUGGACUUACAACCAUGGGCUGAUCAUGGCAGGCUGUGCCUUCAUCUACAACCAUACCCAGGACGAGCUGUGGCACCAGCGAACACUGCGUUUCUUGGACAGCGCCAGAAUCUUCCUCAGCAACGACACCCUGUACGAGGCAGGAUGUCAAGGUGGCGACAACUGUAAUAUCGACCAGCGCUCGUUCAAGGCUUAUUUCUCCCGGUUCCUGGGCCUGACUGCACAGUUGGUCCCCGAAUCGCGUGAAACAAUAGUCAGAUGGAUCCGGGCUUCCGCGCAGGGGGCAGCCGCGUCCUGCAGUGGCGGGCGAGAUGGGCACACUUGCGGCCUCAACUGGCUGAUCAAUGGCUGGGACGGCAAGUGGGGGCUCGGCGAGCAAAUGGCCGCGCUUGAGAUAAUACAAAAUCUACGGUGUUUAGAACGGCCCGCUCCAUACACCGCUAUGAACGGUGGCACCAGUCCCGGCGAUCCAGCUGCAGGCACGAAGACUAAGGCAGAAAACUUGCCGCCGUUGGACAUAAAAGCAGGUGAUCGGGCCGGUGCCGGUAUCAUCACCGCGCUCAUUGGUUCAUCUUUUCUCGCAUGUACGUUAUGGCUUAUUAUCUGA